AUGUCAUCAUCUUCAUCAUCCGAUUCGACGGCUCUACAAGAUACUAAAUUUAUCGGUUCCGUCAUGGCGAAAACGGUUGCAUACUUUCAAAAUCGACUAGGUGAAACAUCACGUGCACGAUCUAAACCAAGAAAGUCGCGGUUGCGUAGAAAUCGCAAAGCCGAACACGAUCGUCUUAUAGAAGAUUACUUUGCAGAUGACGUCAUUUAUGUUGUAAAGUUUCGAUGUCGGUUCCGGAUGAGGAAGGAACUAUUCUUACGUAUUGAUGGCGAUUUGGAAGACCACUUUCCAUAUUUCCAAUGGAAAAUGGAUGCGAGACAUUUAAAAGCUUUCUCUCCAAUUCAAAAACGCACGGCUGCAAUUCGUCAGUUAGCAUACGACAUGAGCGCAGACAGAUGGAAUGAGUAUUUUAGGAUGUCAGAGCGUAUCGUGCGGGAGUAUGUGUACAAGUUUUGCAAAGCAAUCUAUUUGGUUUAUGGACAACGAUAUUUGCGCAAACCAACUAUGAAUGAUAUUCACCAAUUGUACACGGUGCAUGAAGGCAAACAUGGAUUCCCUAGAAUGCUUUGUAGUAUCAAUUACAUGCAUUGGAGCUGGUCAUUAUGCCCCAAUGCAUGGUGUGGUUAG